CUGGUCGAUAUGCUCUAUGAAGAGGAUGAUCGAAAUCAGCCAAAGAGAUGCCAGGCCGGCGUGGAGUGGCUGCCAGGUGUGUAAUUGAAUAAAAUAUACCUACGUCAUCUGAAGCCGAUAUCUCCUCUGGCAAGGAAGGAACGAUGCUCAGAACCGCCUUUUUCACUGCCAGGCAGAAACUGGACAGGACAGCCCGCCGCCUAAGUAACGAGAGAAAGUUUCCCGAGUUGCCGACUGCAAAACUGACUGCCAUCUCGAGUUCAACAACUGCGUACCGAUGGCGCCUCCUUCGCAAGAUCACAACCUGAACACUUUUCAGCCACAUCCAGGAAACAGUCUGGAAGUCAAGUCAAUGGAGAGAGACAGAAACAUCCGGGAAGCGUCUCUUUCCGAAAACUUCCCCCCCUAUGAGGCUGUUCCUGUUUAUCAGAAUUCCAUUCCCUUGGAGUCUCGCUCUCCUCACCCUUUCUAUCAUGUCGACCUUGAGAGCAACAACCACCCAGUCGAGACCAAUAACAACCCGACUGCCACCCGCCGCACCUUGACUGUCCGUGUUUUUGCCCCGCGCACAGAGACCGUUGAGGAAGAAGAAGAGAGAAAAAUGCGAGCUAUGGGUCUCAUGCUUGCAUUCCUCACGAUUUUGGGAAUAACUCUGGCGGUGGCCACCAUAGUUGGCAUCUACAUACUCCAGGGCUGA